AUUUGGCUGAAUUUUAUCCGCGUACAACGUUUUUCCAUUUCAAAAAAGUGCAUUUUUUACCGAAAUCGUGAGGAAAUCCCCGUCCUGCAUGCAACGCUAUCUGCCGGCCGACCCACACACUUCGCGCGCGCUCCGCCCCGCCCCCACCCCAUUGCGCCCGCCCGCCGAAAGCUCGAAAGCUCGGGUAGCAAGCACACGAAGCAGGCCCGGACAGGCGUUUCUAGGAAUUCGCUCGAGGCCAGGAACGGCUCGGACUGUUGUCAGUCAGUGUUGUGUUGUGUUGUGGUUAGGCGUUCACUGUGCGAUUGCCAGCGUGAGAAGGGAAAAUGACACCAAGACCAAAACGUCCGCCGGUACCAGGCGUAACAGGGGUGAACCGCCCCCGAAAAAGGACUUCCUUUACGUUGCAGGGUAAGCUAAGCAUCAUUCAAGAGGUUGACCGGAACCCAAAUGAAUUGAGAAAAGACAUUGCCGCACGCCUGAAGAUACCGGUGACCACCCUGAACGGCAUAAUGAAGGGACGAAAGAAGAUAGAAGAGGCCUGUAUUAAUGGAAAUGUCAACAGAGCACGAGUGACGACAGGGCAGUACCCCGAAGUUGAGACAGCCCUCUUAAAUUGGAUGAGGCAGGCACGCACCUUGCCAGUCAGAGUACCCUUUAAUGGGAGAGUGUUGAAGGCGCGAGCAAAGCAAGCAGCUGGGACACUCGGAUUCAGACAAUUCACCGCAUCCGAGGGGUGGCUCACCCGAUUCAAGGAAAGGCAUGGGAUAAAAUACAAGAAGGUUUCCGGCGAGAGCGCCGACGUGCCAGAAGAAACUGUGGAAAACUGGACAUCUGUUGUGCUGCCUGGCCUCCUGCAGGGGUACACCCUCAAAGAUGUGUACAACGCCGACGAGUUCGGUCUCUACAUCAAUAUGCUGCCGGACAAAACCAUGUGCAGGAAGGACGAACCUGAAUCUUCCAAGGGGAACAAGCAAAGCAAGGCAAGAGUAACCGUUCUCCUUGGCAGCAAUGCGGAUGGGUCAGACAAGCUGCUGCCCCUGGUAAUCGGCAAAGCCAAGACGCCGAGGGCUUUGUCCGGCGUUCAGCGGCUUCCCUGCACCUACACGAACACUGACAACGCCUGGAUGACCGGGGAGAAGUACGAGUGGUGGCUCCGCAAGUUUGACUGUAGGAUGAGGAUUGAAAAGCGAAAUGUACUACUCUUCGUGGACAACUGUCCGGCCCAUCCCGCUGUCCAUGGUCUCACAAAUGUGAAGGUGGUGUUCCUCCCGAAGAACACCACGUCUAGGCUGCAGCCGAUGGACCAAGGUGUGAUUAAGAACUUGAAGCACUAUUACAGAACUCGACUUGUUCAGCGGCUCAUCGGCUUUGUAGGUAGACAGGACCUUCAAAGAAAAGACUUCUUUAUAAACAUGUUUCAUGUGCUCCAUUUCCUUAUGUGGUCAUGGGGCCAGGUGACACCUGUCACAAUCUUCAACUGCUACAGGAAAGCUGGCUUCCGCGAGGUUGGGCCCGACGAGGUGCUCCCUGACGGCGCUGCAGCUGCAGCGGAGGCCGCGCUUGCUGCAGGACCGGCGAGACGAGGACGGGGAGCUGCGAGCACACCUCAGCGGGGAGCUGCUUCUGGACGUGGAGGCCGUGGUCGGGGCCGCGGACGGGGCCGCGGUCGAGGCCGCGGCGGAGCUGCAGCGCCGCCUCGACGUGGACGUAGAGCUACGCGACAGCGCCACUUCUUGAGCGACAGUGAAGAUGAGGAGGACGUUGACGGCGCCCUUGACUCAGUGCCCUCCGAUGGUCAUGACACUGAUGACGAUGGCUCGAACACCGACGAGCAGCCUGACGAAUCAGAAGACGAAGAGCAGCCUGACGACUCUCAAGAGACCGAACAGCGUGACCGUGACCCCGAGAAUGAAGAGCAGGACAUCUCUGUGGAGGGUGACGACGGGGAAGACGACGACGCCGAGCUAGAUUUCGAGAUGAGGGACGCGACGCCGAGUGAAAUCGGCGAUGCAACGGAAGUCGAAUUGAUGACCGUCGACGAGGAGGAUGAGCUUGAGCUGGACGAGACGGUGGCUGAAAGGUGGGAUGACGUUUGUCACAUGCUGGGACUGGAAAACUCUAUACCUUUCUCAGCCUACGUUAAUGCUGACAAUCACCUACCAAUCUGCGCCGAGCUUACAAUAGAAGAAUUCGCUGAACAGGCUCGACCAAAAUCUACAUCUGAGCUGGAAGAGGCGGCCCGUGACAGCGACGACGGGGAGCCUGAUGAGCCGCCUGCACCCGUGCCAGCUAGAGAAGCAGCAGAGGCUCUUGACAAAGUGCGGCUGUUCUGCAGCCAACAACAGAAUGUCGAGGAAGAGAUUUUCAAUUUGAUGACAAAGAUUGAAACACUGAUAUUUGCUAAACCUAAGAAGCAAACUAAAAUUUCUGAUUACUUUGUUCCUUUGUAAUUAUUGAUUGUACUGUACUUAAUUCAAGCACUGAUGCAUAUCUAGUCUUAUCAUACCAAACUUAUUAAUUAAACUCUAGUUUUGUGAAUUUUCUAAA